AUCGUGCCCGGCUCCUUAGCAGAGAUGGAAGAGGGCGACGAGCCGGGAAUAGUCCACGUUCACAGCACUUCGUCUGGGUCCAAAUCGGGCGGUGACAAGAUGUUUUCUCUCAAGAAGUGGAAUGCGGUGGCUAUGUGGAGUUGGGAUGUUGAAUGCGACACAUGUGCAAUUUGUAGGGUGCAAGUGAUGGACGCCUGCCUCCGCUGCCAGGCCGAAAACAAACAAGAGGACUGUGUUGUGGUUUGGGGCGAAUGCAACCACUCGUUCCACAACUGCUGCAUGUCGCUGUGGGUGAAGCAAAACAACCGCUGUCCUCUGUGUCAGCAGGACUGGGUGGUCCAGCGAAUCGGCAAAUAAGCUCAAACUGCCCACAUGCACUUGAACAUGAAAGGGGGGGGGGCAGACUGGACACUUCAAUUUCCGCACAGAGCAAGUGGUAUUAAAAGUCUUGCUCCUAUGUAUAUGCUGUCAUACGUGUGACGUUGAACGUUUCAUUGGAGGACAUGUGACGUGAAAAUAGUGAUUGUCACUCAGUGAUUGACCAGCCUUGAAUGGAUGCAGCAUGAUGAAUGCAGAGGAGUUACCAUGCAAUUACAUGGUCCCAUUUCAGAUGCUUUCCGUUAUCUUGUUGUCCGAAGCAUAUUGGAUAUAUGUCUCUUCCAAUUAAACAAUAAAGGAUUGUUCAUAAAAUGAAAUACAUUUUAGCCUAUUGUUUUAAACCUACAGUUUUGGGUAAACAAUAA